AUGGACAUCACCUUGGUAUUAAUAGCUGAUUCAUCUCUUGCUCUUGCUACUUUCAAUCCUUCUUUGCUUCCUUUGCCUCAAAAUUUCUGGAAUUCCCGUUUUCGUUUCCUUUCAGAAAAUCAAACCUCCAAAAUCUUGAAGCAAAGCGGAGAAAUAAAGAACGAUUUUCGUCAAGAUAAAAUAAGGACAGCAUAUUGUAAUAAGGUUAAUACAGAUCGUCUUGAAAAAUGGGGUAUUACCAUUUCCAGUCAGAGACUAUAGGUACAUAUAUCAGAAUUAGCAACUGAUGGAAGCCAGCACAUGAAUUGGCAUGGACACUAAAAUGGACUACUCUUAGAUGGUUACCACAACGAUACUGAGGAUAC